AUGGACGACGGCAGAGUGACCCUUUACCCGCCAGCACCACGGAGAAGAGCGAGACUCUCCCACAGCAGAGAGCCUGGCCUGAUGCAGUGCCUCAAGUAUGAAGUAGCAGGAGGCUCUGAGACCAGGAGGGCCGCCCUCUCCCUUACAGUGCCACCGUUUGCUGCAGAGCAACAGACUCGUACUCAGUCCACACAGUCGACCGGCAGUGAUGUUGAUAACAAAGGGGAAUUGAGCAUUCAUAAAGCAUCCACACCUCCCUCCACAGACCCUAAAUAUGUGCCACAGAGUUACUCUGCACUGGAGCUGGACUCUGACUCUGAUCCUAGAUCAGUCUCAGAAGAUGCAGUUGUUUCUCGGGUCGAUCCACAGGUCGACUCAGAUGCAUCACCAGACUCUGACCCAAAUACAGAGUCUUCGUCUGAGGCUGAGCUCGAAUGUCUGGCUGAGCAGAAAUCAGUGGCUGCAGGAGAGAUGGGGCUCUGUGCUGAAACUGACCUCGCAGGGGAGUCAGAGCCGAGUCUUGAAUACGAGGCAGACCCAGAAUCAGAUGCAGGAGCGGGAUCAGAGGAUGGCCAAGGACUGGAUGCAGAGUCAGGCGAUGCUGAAACAGAGUCUGACAUCCAGCCUGAAUAUGAUCCUGGUUUUCAGGCCGAGACUGAUUCUAACGUCGUGUCCGAUCAGCCUCCAGACUCUCAGGGCUCUGCGGAGUCUGAGCUCGAAGUCGAAUCUGAGCCUGAGCUGACGGCUGACGACCCACAGCCGCUUCGCUCUGACCUGGAAGACGAGGCCCACGUUGGACCUGGUCAGAGGCCGCUCCUGAUCGCAAACCCUGUGGAAGUCCAGGCCGAGCAGGACGACACAGAGAUGGAGAACGAGGACUUCUGUGCUGUGUGUCUGAUUGGAGGAGAGCUGCUGUGCUGCGACCGCUGUCCAAAAGUCUUUCAUCUGUCCUGCCACAUCCCGUCUCUGCUCAGCUUCCCCUCAGGUGACUGGGUGUGCAGCCUGUGCAGAGAUGUCGAGCAGCCAGAGGUCGACUACGACUGUGAGAACGAGAGAACAUCUGGAGAACACAAAGUGGUGCAUGGACUGUCUGCAUGUGACCAGAGAAAAUGUGAGCGGCUGACUCUUCUGAUCCUCAGCAACAUCCUGAGUGCUCCCUUCCACGAGCCCGUCAGUCCACUUGCUCGUCAUUACUACCAGAUCAUCAAGAGACCAAUGGACCUGUCUGUAAUCAGAGCCAGACUCAAUAAGAAGAACACUCGACAUUACAGCUGUCCUGAUCAGUUUGUUGCUGAUGUUUUUCUCAUGUUCCACAACUGUGCAAAGUUCAAUUAUCCUGACUCUGAGGUGGCGAAGGCCGGCCGCAGCCUCGAGGCGUUCUUCGUUUCCAAGCUGAGGGAAGUUUUCCCAGACAGAGUUUUCCCUGCGGCCGAGGUGGACUCUGACAGCGACGAGUACGACGAGGCCUACAGAACCGCCGAGAGCGGUUUCCCCUGGCCAGAGAGGAGGGAGCAGUGCCACAGGAAGAGGAAGAGGAGACAUUCUCUCAAGUCAAGGAGAUAUCACUUCUAACUGAGGUGAAUGGAGCGCAGCCAUGGACACAGCUAUGCUGUGUUUGUGUGUAAUUAUACUGUUUUUAUUGAGCAGCCUGUGAGGCUGUAACAGUGUUUCCAUUCUGUAAUCUGAGAGGAGCCCUGCUCGGGGUUUGCAGGAUCACAGUACUGCCAUCCGAUGGCAGCUGAACAUAUUUUAUCAUUCCUGCAGACUUCAACUGAUCAGAGGAGCAGGGAGAGUGAAAAGGUUUAGCUUACGUAAUAUAUGCUUCACAUUUGGAAUCAUACAGAGUUUGUUGAGUUGCUCCUGCUUAAAACGAGUUAUAGUAGUGCGGCGAUGCUGUCGUUGUUUCUGUGUCAUAUUUUUGGACGUUGAUGAUUUGCCCCGAUGCACUGGAAAUUACUUACUGUGUUUACAUUUAGACCUCCUAAAAUCACAAACCUUAUGUUAUAUGCUAUGUAUACUGUACAAAGAGGAUGCUGUAGUUGGAUGUUCAUUAAUCUCACUUUGCAUCUUUAUGAAGUUGUACUUUUUUAGGUGAAUCUAGCCCUCAUUAUACACAGCACUUUGAAACUUUGAUAUUAGUAAAUUCAGCAUAUUCGUAAAUGUUCACCAUAUUUAUACAUGUGUAACUGUACAGAAUUUAUUUUACUAUAUCUGUCAUUUUAACUACUAAAUGAUUGCAGGCAAUUAUCAUAGGUUUGAUUAUUGAUAUAAUUAUGUGUCUUGGUAGCUUUUUUUGAAAAGCAGCAGCAAAUCAUAUUAACUUUGUCUUUUUAAUCAGAGCGAUACAGAAUGUCAGUGAAAGCACCGUAACCAGUGUUAGAGCUCAAUAAGGCAUAUUUCAUGUUGGUCAGAGGAUUUAAUAUCUAGAUCAAACCACCCGAGAAAAUUUAAAUUUUGCAUUUAACCAGUUAAGUUUGUGUAACAUUUCUGUUUCACCUGUGUUUCAGCAAAACGUGGUUGUCCUCUAAUAUCUAAAUAUCUCAGGCUUAAGGAGAAUGUAAGGUAUUGAUAUCAUUCAGUAUGGAUUAUUUUAAAAACGUCCUCGCUUUGUAGAGCCACUCUGUAGAGAGGAAAUAUGUAAUUUUCUAAUACGCACUGUUGUAGCGCAUUUCCUGUUUUUAAAUAUACUUUACUUGCUUCCUGCUGCUUAAGAUAGACUUUCCUUGACUUUUACAGUAAUUAAUGCACAAAUUAUUGUCUGUAUCUUCUUCUCAAGAGUAGUGAAUAUACAACAUACCUGUAUGUAAUGGCACUUCCUUUUAAACCAAUAGAUGUAAUAAUAUUUCCUAUUGUAUGAGGGAAGACUGAUAAACUAUAGUUACUGUCACUGUUUGAUGAGAACAAUGGUUCUUUUUUUCAUUUUUUUUUUUACUGUAACGGUCAACAGUACAUGCACAUAUAUCAAUAUCAAUAAAAUGCAUUCAAGAGAAUAUAUUUAAAA